ACUGAUUCAGAUUAGGAAUAUUUGUUACCUAAUGAAGACAUUUGGCUUCAUAUAUUUGAAGUAAGAGAAAAAAAAUCGAUCCUACCGAUAUCUCGUAAACACGUGGUAGUCAGGAAAGCCUCGAACAAAGUACACUAAAUCUAGAAUGGAUUCUUGACAUUAUUCCAUAUUUAAUUGCAUCAUCACUUUUGCAAGUGUCGUCUUUUAGGUCUGUUUUAUCUAUGGUGCUAAAUAAAAAUCGUUUACCAACACUCAGCACAAUAUACGUGGGUUAUUUCUAAUCUAGAAACAGAUUGUGUUCGUGUCCUUCUAUUAAGCGGCAUCAGUGUUAGGUCGACCACUUACAAGGAUUGGCUACUUCCAUAAACUCCACAAAAUCCAAUUUUGUGACGUCAUAAAUUAAAGCAAGCAUGUAGCUUUCAUCUUUGUGACAAUGACAAAAUCAAUGGUCAUACUCUAGAAUUGACAUUAGCAAUCUUUCUGUGUUAUUGGAUAUUUACUCCUCGAAUCAUUGAGUGAUUUUUCUACAAAGAAAAUGAAGUUUACACUAGUGACGUUGUUAUUUUUUGGUGCCGCUUUUGCAGACCCUCCAAAUCUGGAUGAAUCUAUUGAAACAUUAGCCACAGGAAACAGAUUAUUCAAUACAGCGGUGUAUAAAGAAACUUUAAAAACCAACAAAGGCAACAUAAUAUUUAGCCCUUUUUCUGCAGCAACAGUCUUAAGUUUAGCUUCGGAAGGUGCUAAAAAUGUAACUAAAUCAGAAUUGAUCGAAGCAUUACAUUUAUCCGCAGAAAGCGAAAAGAACCAAGAAGCUUUUAAACAACUUUUACCAAAAUUGUCUAUACAGACACCGUAUGUAUCACUACUAAGUGCUAAUAAAAUCUAUGCCGACGACGGUGUUACAUUAGAAGACGCAUUUAAAAAAAUUGCUGUGAACAUUUAUCGAUCUGACGUUGAAAAUGUCAAGUUUGCUGAGAAUAUAGAAGCCGCUAUUCGAAUAAAUAGGUGGGUGGAGGAUCAAACGCGGCGUAAAAUAAAAAAUCUUAUUGAAUCAGACGAAAUUAACGCAGAUACUGUUCUAGUACUAGUGAACGCUUUGUAUCUCAGGGCUGAUUGGUUUCACCCUUUCACUAAGUCUUCUACUCAUCCCCAAAAAUUCUACAGGACAACUAGCGACUUUAAAGAAGUUGAUAUGAUGCACAACGUAGCUUUAUUCGGUUAUUACGAAAAUACAGAAUUAAAUACGCGAUUCAUCAAUCUUAGAUUUAAAUAUGAAGGACUUAGUAUGGUCAUAGCUCUUCAUAAUGAAAUAGAAGGUAUAACAACAUUACAAGAUAAUUUAGAGGAAGUUUUUAAAUCUCAACCAUGGAAACCAGAAUUCGUUGAUCUGAAACUACCCAAAUUUUCCAUAAGUUCCAGUAUUAAUUUUGUUAACAUUCUCAGGGCGCUUGGAGUUGAGAAGAUAUUUGAUGAAGCUCAAGCUGAUUUGAGUGGUCUUUCAACUAACCGUAAAAAUCUGUAUGUGUCUAACGUGAUUCAGAAAGCGUUCAUAAACGUUACUGAAAUUGGUAGUGAAGCAGCUGCAGCCUCCGCAAUUAUGAUACAAACUAGAUCCGGACAUAUGAUUGGACCGAACAGGAAAAUAUUCCACGCAGAUCAUCCCUUUAUUUUCUAUAUAAAAUACCAUGACGUAAUUUUAUUUACAGGAAGAUACACUUUUUAAUUCCCAUUUUAUAUUUAUAGUUAACUAUGGUUCCUUUAUUGUAAGAUUUUUUGACAAUUUACUUUUUGAAUAUGUACUAUAGAUUACUUUCAAUAUAUAAUUAUUCAUUUA